AGUAGAUCAACAUAUCCCGUCUUCCCAGCUGACAACAGAAUCCUCGAGAGUAACUGAGGAACAUCCAGUAGGUAUUUUGACCAUUAACAGCAGAUACCAGCCAUUACGUAACUUCCAAUCACAUCAGAAUUUGGGGGGAGUAACUCGGCUACGAUUUCAGAAUGGUGGUGGCACAAAUAACAUCGAGGUUGAGAACAUUGGUCCGUCCCCUCAUGAUGGCCAGCAGCAGGAACCUAUCGUCCAGUGCCCCGGAGGUUCUGCUGGAGGAGGUGGGGAACAAGGGCAUCAUCACACUCAACCGCCCUAAAGCCCUCAACUCUCUCAAUAUCAACAUGAUCCGUCUGAUUUAUCCUAAACUACAGGAGUGGGAAACUACCAAGUCUAUGGUUAUUAUUAAAGGUGCUGGAGAAAAAGCCUUCUGUGCCGGAGGUGAUGUGAGGUCCAUCGUGGAGACAGUCAACGACCCAAACCCCGUCGGUGAAUACUUCUUCAGAGAGGAGUACAUUCUUAACUGUCUCAUAGGAACGCUACACAUACCUUACGUGGCUCUCAUUGAUGGUAUCACAAUGGGUGGCGGCGUCGGGCUCUCAGUUCACGGCCAGUUCCGCGUGGCCACCGAACGCACGCUGUUCGCCAUGCCAGAGACGGGUAUCGGCCUUUUCCCUGACGUUGGCGGCUCGCAUUUCCUACCUCGGCUGGGAGGACGACUGGGCAUGUACCUGGCUCUCACAGGUCAUCGUCUUAAAGGGCGUGAAGUGAUGAAGGCGGGGUUGGCGACCCAUGUGUGUGACAGUGCAAGAAUAGGGGAGCUGGAGGAGUCCUUGUUGAAGAUGGAGUCGAACUACCCGGAGGACGUGGCUGCCGUACUUGAUACAUUCAGUCAGGAGGCCACAUUCAGCAAAAAUGACCCAUUCUCCCUCCAGUCUCACCUGCCAAAGAUACAGUCAUGCUUUUCUGGAGCCAGUGUGGAGGAGAUCAUCGCUAAUCUGGAGAAGCAGGAAGGGUCAGAAUGGUCACAAAAGCAGCUAGCGAUAUUAGGCAAGAUGUCCCCCACAUCUCUCAAAGUCACCUUCGAGCAGAUAGAGCGCGGGGCUAACCUCACCCUCCCUGAGUGUCUCUCUAUGGAGUACCGCAUCGUCAGCCACAUAUAUAAAGGACACGACUUUGCGGAAGGUGUGCGUGCGGUGUUGAUUGACAAGGACCACAAAACGUCGUGGAAACCGGCCACCCUGGCAGACGUACCCACGGAUGAGGUCAUCAAGAAACAUUUUGACCCCCUCGAGCCUCAAAAGGAACUUACGUUAUAGUGUUAACUUCCUUGAUACUCACCCUUCAAGCUGCCUACCAUCAACCACCUCCCCCCACCCCCCCCCCAAUACUGCCUCCAUUAAAACUCCAUACUGUCUUCAUUAAUACCCCUAUGCCACCUCAAUCAACACACCCUCACACCACCCACCAAUAACACCCCGACAUUCUCGAUGGUUGAUUAAAUUAUGUGAGAAAACUCUGCUGUUUCUUCCACUCUCUCUCUCUCUCUUUCUCUUCCUUCCACUUCCCUCUUCUCUUUCUUAUUCUCUCUCUUCAUCUCCCAGUUUCUUUUGGGCUCUCUACUAUAACACUUACUCUCACAGUAUAUCUAUAGAUGUCUUAAGUCAAACAGAUCUAUGGUUUCACCCUUACACCCAGAAUUAAUUUACCACACGACCCCCACCUGUACCAGCAGUGUUGUGGAGACCUAUCAGAAGACCUAGCUCACCAAUCUACCAUAACCAACUCUCUAUUGUACUAAUUUUAUUUAUAUAUUUUUUUACAAGCAGCAGAAUGUAAAUUUGUCAUUUUUAUUUUGUUAUUAUUGAUUUAUUUAAUUAUUUUAUUAUUUGUACAAGAGUUUGGUGGAAAUUAGUUUGUUGUUUUUAGAGAGAAGACAUUUGGUGUUUGUAAACAGUUUUGUUUGUAGAUUUAAAUUCAUUAAACAUUGUGUCAUAAAAUUCUACCUUCAAUUUAUUGAUUGUAAAAUAAUAAAUAUUCUGCUUCUUUAUACUAUUAUUUAAUUUUAGCGGUCAAAGUUAGUUUACGUAAUUUGACAAAGUAAACAUAGAGUGUCUGUCUAGGGAAUAGAAUAUAAUGUAUUAUGAAAUAUGUCACAAAAUUAACAUCGGUUUAUGAAAUGUAAAUACGCAUUUGUGAUUGUUUUAUAAUGAAACAUAAAUUGAACUGUUAAUUUUUUAAUUUUUGUCAUCAUUUAACCUUGCCUCCCACCGACCUAACCUUACCAUUGCCGAUUUUCUUAAGAGUUCUGUGUAUCUCGUAGCCAACCCAUAUAAUAAUACCUAGAAACACAGUUGAUUUGUGAAGAUAUUUCCACUUUUUUUUUCUCAUCUACAUUUUUCCGUGCAUAAUUCUCCCUGACCAUUUUCUUUAACGUUUGUUUACUCCUUGGUUCACCCCAUAUACAGUAGUGGGAGCGACAUACGGGACAAUAAUAAGGGGAGUGUGUCUGGAUAUUUCUACAAGUUGUUUUAGAUUUUCGUUAUCAUUGUUCAUAUUUUUUUGUGAAUUCUCUCCUCCCAUUACUACAUUAUCUUUGAGUUCUCUAUACCUCUAUGGUCCACCUUGUAUAAGGAUAUUGGAUAAUUGAGAUAGAAAUUGAAUAUAUAGCAAACAAGAAUCAUUAUUAGUAACAACACUUAUAUACAGUAUUUGAAUGAGAUGAGGUUGUGUGUGUAGAUGUUAAUAGUGUGUAAGUGUAUGGCUGUUAAUAGUGUGUGUGUUUAUAGGACAUAUUAUUAUUGUGUGUGUGCAUGUGUGUUUAUAGGAAAUGUUAAUAGUCUGUGUGUGUUUAGAAAUUGUAUAUCCUGUAGUGUGUGUGUCAGAGGCAGAUCCAGAGGUGUAAUUGCAAGGGGCACCUUCUGUACUACACCCGACUGUGAGUGCAAUACUGUAUAAAGCUCCCAGACUAACUAAAGUAUGUACUAAUAUGCGCCACUUCCAACGAAACUCAAGAAAAAGUAUAAUGUAUUAACAAAUGUUAGUUUUAUCUAAAAUCCAUGUAUGUUUGUUUCAUCCAAUCAACAUGAAGAUAUUAUAAG